AUGUCGUCGACAAUCAACAAACGCGCCAACACAAACGACGUCGCGCCCUCGAACCCAUUGCAAUCCGACUUCGACGCCUUAUCCAACUCAACGGACGAUGACGAGCGUUAUCUGAAGCGUGCCUUGGGCUAUAAGCAGUCCCUUCAUCGACAAUGGAAGUUCUUCGAAAGCUUCGCAGCUAGCUUUGUAGCGGCUCUAUAUUCGGUCGGCGGCAUUCGGACCACCUUCACAAUUGGUGUCGGCGCUGGAGGUCCUGCAGCUUACUGGUCAAGCUAUGUAAUUACCUGCAUCUUCGUCUUCAUCACAGCCGCUGUCCUGGCUGAGAUCUGCUCUGCCCUCCCUGCAGCGGGCUCAAUCUACUUCUGGGCUGCCGAAGCUGGUGGACGCCGCUAUGGACGAUUCUUUGGCUUCAUCGUGGCUUGGUGGAGCACGACAGCCUGGACGACCUUCGUAGCAAGCAACUGCCAAGCAGCAGCCAACUUUCUCCUCUCCGAGAUCACAGUCUUCGGCCUAUCGUUUUCUACCGAUGUCAACGAUAUCAAGUUCCGCGCCGUGCAAUGGAUAGUGGCUGAGGGCUUCCUCUUCCUCGCCAUCAGCAUGAACUAUCUCGACCCAAAGACCUACAGUCUCAUCUUCCGCAUUGCCACUGGCAUCAUCCUGCUCGACUUCUUCCUCAACAUCGUUUGGCUACCAAUCGCAGUGUCCAAGUCAUACGGCUUCCAGGACGCGAAGUAUGUCUUCACCCAAACAUACAACGAGACAGGCGCACCGCCUGUAUGGAAUUGGAUGCUCAGCUUUUACGUUACUGCUGGCAUCCUGGUCGGCUUCGAGGCCAGUGGGCACAUCUCUGAAGAAACUAAGAACGCGAGCAUCACAGCGGCGCGUGGCAUCUUCUGGUCAGCUGUGGCUUCUGCUGUCAUUGGCUUUCCUCUGGUCAUCCUGUUUCUCUUCUGCCUGCCCGAUCUCGACACGUUGUACAAUUUCGGAGCACCUCAACCCUUCGUCGAGAUCUACGCAUUGACUAUGGGUAGAGGCGGUCAUGUUUUCAUGAACGUGGUUUGCAUCUUCGGCCUCAUCUUCAACACCACCGUCGCUGGUGUCGCCAGCUCUCGACUUAUCUGGGCCGUGGCACGAGACGGUGUUUUGCCUUUCUCAGGUUGGAUCUCCCAGGUCUCAGCCAAGAAGGAGCCAAAGAACGCUGUCAUCGUCAUGCACGUCGUCGCUGCUCUCUUGCUCUGCACGAUCCUGCCUUCGCCUGUAGCCUUCACAUCUCUUGUUUCGGCCGCUGGAGUCCCGACCAUCACAGCUUAUGCUCUGAUCGCCUUCGGCCGCUUCUUCUUGACACCGCAUGAGUUCCGUCAUGCACGAUGGAGCUUGGGCAAGUGGUCUCGUCCCUUCACAUUGAUCGCGCUGGUAUGGAACCUUUACCUCGCCUGCGUUCUGUUCUCGCCUCUUGGAUUUCCCGUGACCGGCCAGACGUUCAACUACUCGCCUGUCAUCUUUGGCGCUAUCACGAUCUUUGGCAUUGCAACGUAUUUCUUGACCCCUGAGGAGAAGUGGCUGCCGAAUGCUAGGCUCGGAAAGGUUCAUCAGUUGGACGAUGAGUACAAUAGGGAAUAA